GAAGCCAGUCUCAGCACGAGUUGAGCGAGAAAGCAUCUUUGCAGCACGAGCCCUCACUUCAGAAAAAUCAGGAUGUUAACUGUAGUAGCUACAGGAGGCCGACAUGCGCUUGAGGAGAGAACCUUGUAGUAUCCGAGCUGUCUUGUUGGAGUGAACGGCUUCGUUCCAGUGGACAUUGAAAAGCUGAACAAGGAUUGGGAUAAUCUUCUUUGAGCAGGUUAAGAAUUAGCCUGCAGUUCAGUGUGGGUGUGUGCGUGCGCACACACUUCUGUCUCAAGUCUGACUCAGGCUUGAUUGACGGCUGGCUCGUUGGGAACGAGACCUCAAGAGAAAGAUAGCGUCAGGGAAAGUGCUAUCGCCUUUCAUCUUGUCUUUCACAACAUGGCGUCCACACACACCCACACAAUGACGAAGAAGAAGUACUGGAGUUGACUUUUUGUUCUUUAGCACAUCACCAGUUUCAACCCUUUAAUGUCCUCUUGGAGCAGCAUCAGUCCUUGGAGCUGUGGAAGAAAACUUUCAAGUGGCUAUUUUUAGAGAAAGAACGGCUUGUACAACUUGUUCAUGUCUGUUCAUGAGCCCAGAGGCCAUGGCACGGCCCUUGCUGAAGAUCCAGCGCUAUUUCCGCCGCAAGCCUGUGCGCUUCUUCUCCUUCAUCCUCCUCUACCUCACAGCUGGCAGUCUCGUCUUCCUCCACUCGGGCUUCUCGGGAGAUUCAGGCUCCAGGGCUGGACACGGCCCACUAGCAUCGGUUGAGGGAGGCACGGCUACGUUUGCUGAGGGCUUGGGUAUCGCCAGGAGGGCAUUUAAGGACACGCGAACCACCCGGAGGUUUGGGCUCACCUGGACGAAAGCAAGAAACAGCAAAGAACCCGAGGAGGGCAGAGCAAAGUACAUCGGCUGCUAUGUAGACAACACCCACAAGAGGGCGCUCAGAGGCAUCUCCUUCUUCGACUACAAAAAGAUGACUGCCUUCCGCUGCCAGGACAACUGUGCUGAGAGGGGCUACUUGUACGCUGGCCUGGAGUUCGGAGCGGAGUGUUACUGCGGCCACAGGAUCCAGGCAGUGAACGUGUCAGACAAUGAGUGUAAUAUGCCGUGUAAAGGUGAGAAGAGCAAGCUGUGUGGAGGAGCCAACCGCCUGUCCAUCUACAGACUGGAACUGAGCCAGGAGUCAGCACGGAGAUAUGGGAGUGCCGUCUUUAAAGGCUGUUUCAGAAGACCAGACAAUGUCACUCUUGCACUUCCUGCUACUGCUGUCAUUCACAAUAUGUCUGUAGAAAAGUGUGUGGACAUGUGCACAGAGAAGGAGUUUUCUCUAGCUGCUUUGGCUGGGAUGAAAUGCCACUGUGGUUUCCCCACCACCCUCUUCACCCUGCACGAGCCUGAGGAAGAGGAUCUGUGCCUUAAUCGCUGUGCAGCCGAGGACUUCGAGAGCUGCGGAAAUGACGAAUACUUUGUAGUUUACCAAACACAAGUGCAAGACAAUCGAUGUAUGGACCGGCAGUUCCUGCCCACGCGUUCGAAAAAGCUGACGGCCUUAGCAAGCUUCCCUGGAGCUGGAAAUACUUGGGCUCGCCACCUCAUCGAGUUGGCAACCGGAUACUAUACAGGGAGUUACUACUUUGAUGGUUCACUAUACAAUAAAGGUUUUAAAGGAGAGCGGGACCACUGGCGCAGCGGCAGGACAAUUUGCAUAAAGACACACGAGAGCGGCAGGAAAGAAAUCGAGGCCUUUGACUCCAGCAUCCUGAUGAUCCGCAACCCCUACAAGGCCCUCAUGGCUGAAUUCAACCGCAAAUAUGGCGGCCAUAUUGGAUUCGCUUCUCAGGCCCACUGGAAAGGAAAAGAAUGGCCUGAGUUUGUAAAGAACUAUGCACCAUGGUGGGCAUCACACACACUCGACUGGCUCCAGUACGGUAAAAACGUCCACCUGGUGCACUUCGAGGAGCUGAAGCGUGACCUUUUCACCCAGCUGAAGCACAUGGUUCUCUUCCUGGGCCUCAAUGUUUCAGAGGAUCGGCUGCUGUGCGUCGUGGCACAAAAAGACGGCAACUUCAAGCGCUCGGGCCUCAGAAAGCUCGAGUACGACCCGUACACGCCAGAGAUGCGGAAAAAGAUUGACAGCCUCAUACACAGCGUGGAUGUUGCACUCAAACUGAGGAAUCUUUCAGGGGUUCCAGAUGAUUAUAGACCGAGAUGAUACAGCCUCACAUUCUUUCCUCAUCUGAUUAUUUUUGUUGCUGUUGGUAGGUUUUUGUUUUGUUUCUUGCUCUCUUCCUGAUGAAAGAAAAAAAAAACAUUUUCCUUAUUUUUGUGGCUCAACCAAAAAAAAAAAGACCUUUAAGAAGGAGGAACACUAAACCAGCACUUUGAGUUAGCAGAUGCAGAAAGGUGAAGAACGUUUCCUAAAAGUCACAUGACAUGCUGAUGUUAAGCAAGACAAUCUCGCGACUAUGGUAACUUCCUGUGAGGGCUAUAGUGGGUGAAGCACUUUUUUAUGUGUUGUCUCUGCUCUGUGUGUGGAUGUGUGUGUGUGUGUGUGUGUGUGUGUGUGUGUGUGUGUGUGUGUGUGUGUGUGUGUGUGUUAUUAUCCUCUGAAGUCAUGGAGACGUGUUGUAUUGAUCAGUGUUUGCUGGAAAGACUAACAUUAUGGCUCUAGAUGAUGUAACAAAAUGUGCAGCUGACAUUUGGACUUGUUCCUGAUGUCUUAACCUGAUAGUUUUAUGUCUUAAUUCGAUUUUAGCCACAAUUCUGCAGAGAGAAAAAUAAUUAUUCAAAGAGAAACAUAGUAGAGCAGCCAGUGAGCAGAAAUAUAAGGCUUUUGUGCUGAACAUUUUUCUAAAAAUAUUUUAUUGCUAUAAUUUGCCAGUUAAAAGUUACGUGUGUAUGAUCCAGUUGCAUUGUGCAAACCCUGAAAUAAGACCCAUUAAAAUAUUUAAAAGCACAGAAUCAGCUUAAAAUUAAUGGUAUUUUAAAUUAAAUUAUUUCUGUACUGGAAUGAAUUUAGUGGGAGGAUGUGCUCUUGAGCUGAUGUUUAUUUUUUACAUCUAUGAUUAUUGUCACAGGGUUAGAAAAAAUCCACUGUUUGGUGAAGUCGCUUCAUCUCAUGCUGAAAAAAUGAGAAAAAUCCAACCUUUAAUUGAAAUCUGUUUAUUCAGAGAAAAACAAAUCCCUUAUCAAGAAAUAAUAUUUUCAACAAAAACACUUGGCAAUAUUAUUGGCACUCCUGGAAAUUAUGGUAAACACAAUUUCCCUUUAACACAGUUUCUCAUUUAAAUUGGAUGUGUUUGAAUUGAUUGGCGUGUGUAGGAACUUUCAAGCUGAAAUCUAUGACUUCCUGAUUAACUGGGGAACAAAUAUGAUGUGACACAGAGGCCAAAUUCCCUUUGUCACCCAUCAACAUGGGAAAGAUAAGAGAACAUACAAAGCAAAUGAGGGAAAAGUUUGUUGACCUUCAUAAGUCAGGGAAUGGUUAUAAAAAAUAGCUACUCACCUGAAAACGUCCAUUUCUACUGUUAGGGCAAUAAUAAAAAAGUGGACACCAACUGGAACUGUUAUAAACUCGCCUGGAAGAGGAGCCAAGUUUAUUUUGCCCCCACAUACAGUGAGGAGGAGGGUAAGAGAGGCAAAAAAAAAUCCCUAAGGAUUGCUGUUGGUGAAUUACAACAAAAAUAAAAUCUUGUGGUUUCCAAAUUUCCAAAACCACCAUCAGACUCCACCUCCAUGCCAACAGAUUAUUUGGAAGGUGCCAGAAAAAAGCCUUUUCUGUCAGUUAACCACAAACAUAAAGGAUAUACGGUACGCAGAACCUUUAUUUUUAAAUACAUUUCUGAGUGAAUAGUAUCUCCAUCCUUGACUCUUGUAUGCUGCAUAAAUGGGAAUUUUAAAAUAUAUAUAUUUUUGAGAGUUAAAAUCGACCACAAAGUUGGCAUUCGAGCUGCCCCGCUGAGCCAGCCAGCCCUGAGUGCGUGACGUCACAGCAGGAACCGGUUUUAAGGCCGAGGCCUUUUACAGCUAUAGACCAAAGUCAUAUAAAUAAAAAUUUAUGGUGAAAGUAAGAAAUACCGUUAACGACUUGCUCAACUAAGACUGAUUUGACUUCAUUGAUUGUGGGUUGACUCUCAUUAAAACAGGAUAGGUGUUAUAACUUAUGCAACAUACAUGUACUGUAUAUGCAUGCAUUUUCACUGCUAAAAUGUAAAAGGCUAAUUAAAUAAUCAGAUGAACUGAGACAAUCACAUUCUGAAGCAAAUUAAAUAAUAUUAUACUGGUAACUUAAACACACAAUACAAGUUACAUGUAUUAAUCUAAAUGCAGGUAAACAACGUGUUUUUGUUGUUUUUUUUAAUCCAAAUGAGAGUCGGAGCUUACCCAUGUGUGUUCUCACUGCUUGAAGGCCGAUCUUGUGGCCGAUUGUUUUGAAACAGUCUGACUUUCAGUUGUUCGUUCAGUUCUCCAUUCAUUCGCUUCUUCCACGUAAAAGCAAGAUGGCAGCAAUAUCCAGUGGAGAAAAUCAGACGGCUGGUCCACUCAUUCUCCAUACUGACUACUCCGCCAUUACUGCUGGGCUCAGGCAAUUACUAAAACCCGGGACGGAACAGGAUGUCACCGGUUUUAGCAACAACCGCGGGGAGGUCACUGCCCAAGCGAUAUGUCCCAUUCCGUUCUGUCCCGGGUUUUACCAACAAUCCUCGGCUCACUCCGGGAAAACUGGUGCAACUAAACUCACUUUCCUUUAAAAAAAUAAAAGAUAAAUAAAAUAAAUACUUUCCUUUUCUAGUAGUUUUAUUUAAUUGUUGAUACUGCACCCUCUUUCAAUACGGGCUUAUAGCCAAUGCUCCUCAACAGAUCAGAAGUUUCGUAUGAGUCUUCAGUAAAAUGUGCAGAGCAGAGGAGAGACCACUUCAUAGGUGCCCAAUGUGCCCAUGAACUUCUCGCAAAACGCGUCCAAAUCUUUGCAGUUUGAACAUUCUUGGGCCGUAAAUGCAACACAAAUCCAGCUUCUGUCAUGUUGCUGCACCCGCCAGCAGCAUAUCUACGUGGCAUGGUGAUAAAUUAGCUCAAAAUGGAGGAUCGGAGUUGCAGUCAGCUCUGUGUUUUAGUAUAGCGGAAAUGGUGAUGAGACCAAUAGACUUCCUGCUGUAACGUUACGGACGUCAAGGUCAUUCACUCAGACCGCUACCUAUAUAAAUCACUUUAAUCGUAAAAAUUACUAUAUUAGAUUUAUUGUUCAGACUUAAAACUAUUCCUGUGCCAUUCUUGAGGUCUCAAGGCAUUUAUAAGUAAAAGUGAGGCCAUGGCUCUGCUUUAAGCACCUGAAGUUUGCGAAAUGUUACUACAACUUUGGAACCAUGUUCUGUGGUCUGAUGAAACCCAUGCAGACAUGGGGCGAACAUGCAAACGCCACACAGAAAGGCCCUCGCUGGCCGCUGGGCUCAAACCCAGGACCUUCUUGCUGUGAGGCGAACAUAAGCACCUGAAGUUUGCAAACUGCUACUAAAACUUUGACUGGAACUGUGUUCUCUGGUCUGAUGGAACAAAAAUGGAGCUUUUUGGCGAUAAACACUCAAGGUGGGUUUGGUGUAAAAAGAAGGAUGGCUAUAAUGAACAGAACCCGAUCCGAACUGUAAAAUAUGGUGGAAGUUCUGUGAUGUUUGUUUUGGGGCUGUUUUUCCUCCAAAGGCCCUGAAAACCUUGUUAGGGUACACGGCAUCAUGGACUCCAUGAAAUACCAGAACAUUUUAAGUCAGAAUCUGUAUGCCUCUGCCAGGAAACUAAAACUGGGUCAUCAUUGGAUCUUCCAGCGGGACAAUGAUCCGAUGUCCAAAUCAACACAAAAAUGGUUCGCUGAGCACAGAAUCAAGCUUCUGCCCUGGCCAUCUCAGUCCCCUGACCUGAACCCUAGUGAAAACCUGUGGGGUGAGCUGAAGAGGAGAAGCACAAGAGAGGGCCGAGGACUCUGAAUGAUGUGGAGAGAUUGUGUAAAGAGGAAUGGGCUCAGACGCCCUGCUCUGUAUCUCCAACCUUAUAAAAUGUUAUAGGAGAGACUCAGGGCUGUUUUACUGAGAAAGGGAGGGUGUACAAAGUAUUAAAUGCAGGGGUGCCAAUAAUAGUGACACGUGUUUUUGAUGAAAAUAAUUCUUCAUGAAGGAUUUGGUUUCCUCUGAAUAAAUUUAUUAAAAUUAAUGGUUGGAUUUUUCACAUUUUUAUCCCCCACUGGCCAAAAGGCCUGAAGAGGGAUUAUGUCAUGGCGAUGUCCAUCCGUCCAUCUGUCCCGGGAAGGGUACUCACCUUCUGAAAUCAACUCCUCUCACAAUUUUUAGAGGAAUUUCAUGAAACUUGGCAGGAUUAUUUUUUAUAUUUCAGUAAUAGGCAUAUUGUAAUUUCGUUCAAUUCAGUCACAUUUUACUAGUUACAGACCUUGAUUAACAAAAUUAUAAUUUGACAGUUUCAUGAGAGUGUGUUUUCCUUCUGAAAUCAACUCCUCUCACAAUUUUUGGAGGAAUUUCACAAAACUUGGCAGAAGGCCUUGUUGUAUGUUGGUAAUACACAUAUUGUUAUUUUGUUCAAUUCGGUCACAUUUUACUAGAGUUAUGGCAUAGUUGCCAGCGGGGGAUAUUGUGCUCUCGGAGCACUCUUGUUUCAGUAAGAGAUGAAGCGACUUCACCAAAAGAUGAAUUUUUUUUCUCACCCCUUUUACUAAUCUUUACGGGGGAGUAAUCAUGGAGGAGGGAGAGUAAUCAUGGAGGGGAGAGAGUAAUCAUGUAUGCGUAAGAACAAGGGAUUUUAUAUCUUUCCAUGAAAUUUGCUCUGUACUAUGAAAAUUAAGAAACUGGCUGUACACAAGUUACUGGAGUGGGGGACCUAACCUUACCCUACCUUCUCAUGCUGUGUUCUAUUUUAUGCUACACUCAAGACAAACAGUAACUCACUCAACACACAGCUAUGUUUACACCAAGGUAUCAGCCCAUGAUCCAUAUUAUGUAGUUAUGUAGUUAACACACUGCCCAUCAAAGCUGGGGUAUGAAAACUUUCAUGAGAUCUUGAAAGGACAGAGCAUGAUACUAAGUUUUAAAUAAUAGUAGUUCACCUUGUUUUCCGAAAAACAAUCCUGCUUAUCCUUUAAUAUCAACACUGGGGAUACAAAAUAAUAGAAAACAGUUUGAAAAGCUUUCAACAGGCAGCAUAUAUCCUAAAUAUAGAACUGACCAUUAUCAUAUAAUCCAUUGAACUUUGUACCAAGCUUUUUCUGAGCAUAAUCAUACAGCUGAAGUGACCCAAUACUGUUUUUUUUUUUUUUAAUAAGUUGUGGCCACAAAUUAAUACGCAGCAUAGAGGCUACAAGUUUAUAUUUUGAGUUCACAAACUAAUUAUAUCUAACCUGAGCCAAUGCUUAUUUUAGUGCAUAAUACUGUACGUUUGUACUUAUUCCAUAGCCUUUAGUUAAUUAUUUGGAAGGACUGUGUGAAUAAGUUUGAUGGCUGAUGAUAUCUGUUUCGCAGUGCCAGUGUGCAUCAUUCUAAGGUUGAUGUAAAGGGUAAUAUGAUCUAAUUUCAGUUAUGUUUAGGUUCCUGUUAUCACAGUGUCAUCAGAAUUUCCCUCUGGUUGCUGCAGUUUCCUCCCACACACCAAAGAUAAAGUGCCUUCCAAAAGUGUUAAUACCCCUUGAACUUUUUCACAUUUUUCCACCUUACAACCAUGAACUUAAAAGUUUUUUAUUGAGAUUUUAUGUGAUAGACCAACACAGAGUAGCACAUAAUUGUGAAGUGAAACGAAAAUGAUAAAUGGUCUUCAAAAUUUUAAACAAAUGAAAAUCUGAAAAAUGUGAUGUGCAUUAGUAUUCAGCCCCCCUGCGUCAAUACUUUGUAGAGCCACCUUUUGCUGCAAUUACAUCUAGACACUGAAAUUUUUGCCCAUUCUUCUUUGCAAAAUAGCUCAAGCUCAGCCAGAUUGGAUGAAGAGCGUCUGUGAACAGCAAUUUUCAAGUCUUGCCACAGAUGCUCAAUGGGAUUUAGGUCUGGACUUUGACUGGGCCAUUCUAACACAUGAAGAUUCUUUGAUCUAAACCAUUCCAUUGUAGCUCUGGCUGUAUGUUUAGGGUCAUUGUCUUGCUGGAAGGUGAAUCUCCUUCCCAGUCUCAAGUCUUUUGCAGCCUCCAACAGGUUUUAUUCCAGGAUUGCCCUGUAUUUAGCUCCAUCCAUUUUCCAAUCAACUCUGACCAGCUUCCCUGUCCCUGCUGAAGAAAAGCAUCCCCGUACCAUGAUGCUGCCACCACCAUGUUUCACAGUGGGGAUGGUGUGUGCAGGGUGAUAAGUAGUGUUAGUUUUCCGCCACACAUAGCGCUUUGCAUUUAGGCCAAAAAGUUCAACUUUGGUCUCAUCUGACCAAAGCACCUUCUUCCACAUGUUUGCUGUGUCCCCUACAUGGCUUCUUAUGCCUGUCUUUCAACAAUGGCUUUCCUCUUGCCACGCUUCCAAAAAGGCCAGAUUUGUGGAGUGUACGACUUAUAGUUGUCCUGUGCACAGAUUCUCCCACCUGAGCUGUGGAUUUCUGCAGCUCCUCCAGAGUGAUCAUGGGCCUCUUGGCUGCUUCUCCAACAAGUGCUCUCCUUGUUCGCUCUGUCAGUUUAGGUGGACGGCCAUGUCUUGGUAGGUUUGCAGUUGUGCCAUACUUUUUCCAUUUUUGAAUGAUAGAUUGAACAGUGCUUCUUGAGAUGUUCAGAGCUUGGGAUAUUUUUUUUAUAACUUAACCCUGCUUUAAACUUCUCCAGAACUUUAUCCCUGACCUGUCUAGUGAGUUCUUUGGUCUUCAUGAUGCUGGUUGUUCUUCAGUGUUCUCUAACAAACCACUGAGGCCUUCACAGAACAAGUGUAUUUAUGCUGUGAGUAAAUUGCACACAGUAGGACUCUAUUAACUAAUUAGAUGACUUCUGAAGGCAAUUUAUUGCACUGGAUUGUAUUUAGAGGUAUCAGAGGACAGGGGGCUGAAUACUAAUGCACACCGCAUUUUU